AUGGUCUCCCUCCGCUUUUCGUCUAGCACUCUGCUAGCUCUUCCAUUGAUACUGUCAAUAUCUGUCUUUUCAACCCCCAAUCCUGACCCUUCUUCGCACAACCUUGGUCUGGGUCAUCAUGUUCCAAGGAAUACGACCGCUCGCACAACAUGGAAGUUCGGGGUAGUUUUAUUCCCCAAGUUGUCAUCCUGGACUUCCAAUAAGUCCUAUGGAGUGCUAGGACUCCUAGCUAAAGGGUCGAUGACACAAACGAACCCAGCAUGGCCUUAUUCCCCAUACGAGUUUGAGAUUGAUUACUUGGCAGAGUCCCUCGAUCCUGUUAUUCCUGGAGUAGGACCCGCUAUACUUCCAACAAAAACCUUUAGCCAAGUCAACAGCACUCAGUACGACAUAAUUCUGGUUCCCGGAGGAAUGGGGACACGUCCGGCAAUUCUUUCGCCUAAAGUCCUUGAUUUCGUCAAGAAACAGACGCCUGGCCUCCAGUACUUGCUGUCUGUAUGCACCGGAGCCUGGGUCUUAGCAAACGCUGGGGUCUUGGAGGGAAAGAAUGCCACCACAAACAAGGCAGCAUUUGCACAAAUCAGGAACGAAACCAGUAAGAAUAUCAACUGGGUCCCGAAGGCCCGUUGGGUCGUCGAUGGAAACACUUGGACUAGCUCGGGCGUAACUGCGGGAAUAGAUAUGGCCAAUGCGUUCAUCAUUCACUUGGUUGGACCCGAGUACGCAACUAAGGCGCGGAACGUUGUAGAGUUGAGAGCCGCUGAGCAAGGUGAUGAUCCGUUUGCAGAGAUCUAUGGAUUGGUUUGA